AUGAAGAAUUUACAAAAAUGCAAAAUUGUAUGUCUAACAAAGCAGUUAUUAAACCAGAGAAGCGUAAAAGUAAGGCUUUAUGGAACAGCAGUAUGGAGUAAAUUGACGAAUAUAGAAAAUGCCAUUGUAAAAUGCGAACAAAUCAGUGGGAAAGCAUUUUGGGAAAGCCAGGAUAUAAUCAAAAAAGGAACUGCAAUGACUUUAACCACAAAUGUAAAAAGCAAAGAUACAACUGCCAAAGCUGUGAACGUAGAAAAUUCGUGUGGACAAUCCGAACUAGUCAAGCAGAUAAGAAAAUUUUGCAAAAAAGAUGAUUUGUGUAGCAUGUACAAAUUCAACGAGAACUUUUUACAUCUGCUGAAAAUGAAACAACUUAAUGAAAAAGAUUUUUCCAUAAUAGUUCACCUGUUAAGUAAAAAAAAAGUACACAGUAACAGCUUUUGGAAACGCAUAGCUAAUACGGAAAAUAUAAAUUUCAUUUUCCAGAUGAACUUGAAACAGAUAAUUCUCACCUUUUAUAGUAUUUCCAAUUCGUACAAAUACAUCAAUUUGACAUUUUUAAACGAAUAUACAGAUAACCUAAUAUUCAUAUUAAAUUGUCAGAAAUAUUUUAUUUCUCUUACGAGAAGAAAAAAGGGAAUACAGAAAAAAACGAGUGAACACUUCGAAGGACAUAAUUGCCUCGCAUACAAUGAAUCGGAGCUCUUAAAUCUUAGUCAGGAUAACAAUUUGACAUAUCAAGAGUCACUAUGUAAUUUUCAAACUGAUGAUUAUGCUAUUAAUAAGAGUAGUAAUAUGAGUAAGGAAAAAGAGAAAAUAACAUGGAAAAACCUAAUUGAUAAACAAAAUUAUAAAAAUAUUAGUUCUCUUUUUAGAAACAAGAAAAAUCAUUUGAACUUCCUAGACCUAACGUUAAUAUGUAAUACAUAUUCUAAGUUAAACAAUCUGGAGCACUUACAAAAUGUGGAAGAAUUAAAAAAAGUUAUGUAUAAACUUUUUCUGUAUUUCCUAUUCUUCUACAAAAUAAAUUUUGAUCACUUAAUUUUGUUCAUGCAUAGUUACACAAGGGUGAGAGGAAAUAUAGAUAAAUGUGUAUUGCGAAAAGUGCAAAAAGUAUUGCUGAACCCAGAAAAUGGGUUAUGCCAAAAUUUAUAUAAGCUGCGAAAUAUACAUAUUCUAGACAUUUGCUCCCUAAACAUGCUAAUGCAUGUAUUCCAGAGGACCAAUUUUAAGGAUGAAAAAAUGUUCAAGGAAGUUAUUCUUUCUGUGGUCUUAAAUUUAAAUUUGAAAUAUGAAAAAAGAAUCAAAACAAAAGGAUCAGUGUUAAGUGGAGAUGAUUAUUGUUGGACGGACUGCUAUGCUCUUUGUGAUGAUAUAAUUGGAUAUUCACCUGUUUAUUUUCAAGAGAGUAAAAACAGUACCACGAACCAAGGGACAAAUAUAGGCAUAACAAAUAGCUCAUCACAUUACAGUUAUCAUAUGGAUAUGGUAAAAAAAAAAAAAAUUCUCAUCGAACAUUUUUCAAAAAAGGAUAAUACAUACAUAUUGGAGAAGGAACAUCUCGUUAAGUUAAAAAAAAAAGAUUUUUGUUUUCUUGUGUAUAACAUAAAUAAAUUAAGAAUAAAAAAUUACUACAACAUAUAUGAAUAUAUAAAAUACGAAUCAGAGAAUAAUAUAAAAUUAUUGAAUGUGUAUAAUUGUUGUAUCAUUCUAGAUUGUUUAGUAAAUUUAAAUUUACUUGAUGAGAAAUUAUUUAAAAAAAUACUAACCAAUUUAAAAAUAUUAUUUGAUAAAAAUCAUUAUAACGAAAAAGAUGUUACGGACAUUUUUGUAUGUUUAUGUAAAUAUGGUCAAACAAAUUCAGCACAACAUACUGAAAUACAUAACUUCUUAAAAUCGCUAUAUUUAAAAAUACAGACGAGAUUAAAAAAAUAUAGUUAUAUAAGCUUAAUUUCAAUUUUUUGUUCUUCCUCUUAUUUUAACAUAUUGCUUGAUAAUAAUGUAGUCCAAGAUAUAUGCAUAGACAUACUGAAUAAUUUUAAUACGGUGGAUAUAAAAUCAUUACUUUCCAUUUUAUACUUUUUAAAAAGUAAAAAUUAUGAAAUAAGUACUUUUUUUUUUAACACUAUCAUAGAGAAAGUCCUAUCAAAAAUAAAAGAUCCGCAUUUCUUUUUUUGCAGUUUUCACAUUUUAUCAAUUUACGCAUCUAAAACAUUACAAAAAAAAGAUCAUAUUUUGGACAAGUUGGUUCAAGUAAUGAAGCAGAAUGAACAUCUGCUAGGUGUAAAGGAGAAACUGAUCAUAUCAUUACAAAUAUUUGUAACUCCAGAGUUAAUCCUGAAUGAGGCAUUUUUCCAGUUUUGUCAAAAAACCUUUGAGGAUAUUUUGUGCAGUUCCGAUAAACAGAAAUAUACAGUGCUAAACCAUAUGGAUCAAAUUAACACCAUAACACCCAAAGUGGUGAACCACAAAAAUAAGAACGACAAUUUUAUUCCUUUUUUCACCAAUUGUAAUCAUAACAAUUUAGAUUUCAGUACAGACAUAAAUAUUGCGGAAUUGAAAAUUUUUCUUUUAUUGUUAUUGUCAGAUAUGUACGAGAAAAAGCCUUUGGUUUUUAAAAAGAGGAACUUUCUGAUAAAGGAGGAGAAAAAAAACAAAAACUUAAAAUAUCAAAACAACCAAUUAAGCAAAUGCAAAUUGGAAAUAAUUUUUAGUAAUAUAUACAUCAGAUUACAGAAUGAUUGUCUAAGUUACUUUCUAAAAACCAACAUUUCAUUGUUUGACCAUCAAAAAUAUGCAAAGCAGCUGAACAUAAAGAAAAUUAAAAAUUACACAAUGAAUUUAGGAUCAAUCAUGCAUUCAAACGAAGUAGAAAAAAAAUUAAAAAUAGACCAUGCUGCAGCUCUCAAAAUUUACAACAAUGACAUGAGCAAAUAUUUCCCUGAGUUUGAAGAAAUACUUUUUAAUGUAAUCAAAAUAUGUUACGAAGAUUUUUUUAUUUACACAUUUUUCGCAAAAAAAAAGGAUGAAUUUUUAGUUAAUUAUAAGAGCCAAAAUAUAUGCCACAAUUAUGCUGAUUCAUUUCUCCUGCACAAUAAUGAUAAUUUAAUUAUAAAAUUGAAAAAAAAUAUGUUUAUUAAUUCAUUUCACAUUGCUUAUGUGUUUAAACCGUUUCAGUAG